AUGUACUCACAGGGUUCUCAGAGCCUGCAGAGUGAGUGGGCUGUUAGAGGGAGGUCUGUGGCUGUCCUGCUCUGCCUUCUUGGUUGCAUCAGACUUUUCAAAUCAGCACCUUCGAUCAGAACUUCCGGUCACAGUUCCAGGCCUCGUCUCGUUCUGGAAUCACCUCCCAAUUUACUAUUGCCAAUGGACAAGUCAGUCUGCGAAGUCACGGAACAAACUUCUCUGAAUUCCCCCUUGAGACAAGGUCUCAAUUAAACUCUUCCCCUGAUGCUACAAGGAGUCAAACGUUUGGUUGA